CUGCUGCCAUCGGACAUGUUAACGUCGCCCCAUCUCGGCCUAUGUUGGUUGCCCCACAGUAGUGUCGUGCACGGAGUGAACAGCCAGCCGGCGAACGGUUCGCAUUCCACCACCCACAACAGCCACCACCGACACGGGAGCGGCAGCGCGAGUGGCAACCACCCGCCCAAACUGUACGGUCGUCUACUCUUCAAUCAGCAGCGGUGCUAUUUCGCGUUCGCCCAGGGACAUUCUGUGGCUCCGUAUGUCGGAUUUUGGAAUAGUGUCGCUAUCUUUCAGCCCUCGUCGCAUCCCUUCGCAAUGGAGACAAGGUACAAGAGCGGCACCCGCGGAGGCUCAGUGAGGAGUGGCGGCGGAGGCGCAGUGGGCGCGGCGGGUCUGGGCGGCAGUGCGGCGGCCGGCGCCGGGGCGCAGCAGCGAGGCGGCGGCGGUGGCGACGGCGGCGGCGGACGUGUGUGCGAGGCGAGGCGCGCCUACAAGGCGGCCGUGGUGCCGUGCAAGGCGGGCCGACGCAGGCUCCGGGGCAUGAGCAUGGGCCAGAAGGUGUCAGGAGGAGUCAAGGCGGUCAACAGGGACGCCUCGGCGCCCUACAAACCUGUCAUACCCAGGGAAUUGGCACAGGAUUUUGCGCGGCCGCAGAGGCUGGACAUGCUGCUGGAUAUGCCGGCGGCGGUGCGUGACACACAAUUGAAAUACGGCUGGAACCAGGAUGACCGCUCCCUCAACAUAUUCGUUAAGGAGGACGACAAACUGACUUUCCACCGCCAUCCGGUCGCCCAGAGCACGGACUGCAUCCGCGGCAAGGUCGGCUUCACCAAGGGCCUCCACUGUUGGGAGGUGUGCUGGUCGACGCGACAGCGAGGGACGCACGCCGUUGUCGGUGUCGCCACCGCGGACGCACCACUCCACACCGUCGGUUACCAAAGCCUCGUCGGCAGCACCGACACCUCUUGGGGAUGGGACCUAGGAAGGAACAAGUUGUAUCACGACUCGAAAAAUUGUCCGGGCGUGACGUAUCCGGCUCUCUUGAAACCGGACCAGACCUUUAUCGUGCCCGAUAAAUUCCUCGUGGUGCUGGACAUGGACGAGGGCACGCUCAGCUUCGUCGUUGACGGCCAGUAUUUGGGAGUGGCGUUUCGCGGUCUCAAGGGUCGCAAACUCUAUCCGAUCGUCAGCGCCGUGUGGGGUCACUGCGAGAUCACGAUGCGAUACAUCGGUGGACUCGAUCCUGAACCUUUACCGUUGAUGGACCUAUGCAGACGGGUGAUACGACAGAGACUGGGCAAGCAGCUGCUCGAGGACAAGGUGAUGAAUCUCCAGUUGCCGCAGGCGCUACAGACCUACCUGCUGUACAAGGACCGGAGAUAAUAUAGUCUGCGAGGUCGCGGCGCGCGUGCGAGUUGAAACCCAAAAGACACAGUGUCGGAAUUAACCAAAUAUCUCUAUCGUUUGUAUUUGUUUAUCUAUUAUUAUUAUUAUUAUUAUUAUUUUUAAUUUAAAUUUCCCGCAUUUUAUACACUUGUUCCGUUCGUUGUCGAUCCAUCGAUUGACUCGGGAAGUGCGACGACGUUGGUUUCAGAUUUGUUUUCGUAUACAGACACACAGAAAAGUCCGAAGUGCUGUGAUCAUGACGUGGAGAAUCUCUCGAGUUAGUGCGUAAUUUCUUGGACUUGAUCUCGCUAAGACGAUUGAUUUGAUUGAGGGAAUUGCGCAUUUUCGCUCCCUGAAUAAUAAAAAAAAUAUAUUGAUGAAAGCCAUACAAGGUGUAUAUAAUUGUGUUACUCAGUCUUCUAAAACUUGUACUCUAUCAGCACAGCUUCCUGAUUAUAGCUUUACAAGAGGAUAGUUUUUAAAAGAAAAUUUUUUUUUUAACGAUGUGUAUCGAUUACAAGAAAUGCUAUGUUUGUAAUAUAGAUUUGUAUAUAAAAAUGUUAUCUAGUUCUUGUUUUUAUUAUUGAUUAUUUUUUUUUUUUUUGUGUAUGUGGACAUGCCGAAACGUUGCAGGGACUCGAUUUUGGUGUCUGCGAUUCGUACCAAAACUUAAUUAUACAUGUGAUAUUAGUAGGGAUAUUUUUAAAAUACGGACGACGACCGGAAAACAGGCUUGAUAUUUUAAAAAUGCUUGCUAACCAUCAAAUUACAUUCGUGUCUGUGGCAGGCCACACAUUUUCACUGCAAGUUUCGGUGUCGACAAAUUUUAAAUAAAAAAAAAACAAGUAUACAAAAUGAUUUAAUUGUUUUCCUGUCGUUUCUUUCACCAUUAUUAAUUUGUUUGCCAUCAGUUGACAUUUUGACAGGGACGAUAAAAACAUUUUGUAUAAAAGACACGUCUUCUAAUUAUAAUUAAAAUUAUUGAAAUAUUUGUAAAUGCUCAGGCAGUUUACACCAACGUAAAAGAAAUGUAUUUAAGAAUAUUAGACUUAUUUUUGUAAAUAAUUUUUAAGUUAAGUGCCAGUUAAGCGGUCGAUGUGUCGUUCAUCCCUUGCACAAGUGAUUGAAGAACAUAAAUUUGACUACAUUUUAUUUUGUUGCCUGGUUAAAAACCCGCAACAACUUUGACGGUACUUGAAACUAAGAGCUUGGUGCGGUGUUCAAACAUCCCUUCAACUUCUUCGUUUCAAGUACCAUCAAAAGUUGUUGUUGGUGUCGUUUUCAUAAUGUGCAAGUAAAAAACACCAUCGGCGGCACAAAAUAUGUCUGCGACUGUUCUGUUCCAUGAGAUUAUCGAUUUAACUAAUUUUUUAACUAAGGAUUCCGUAGAUAAAUGUUUCGUUUCGUUGUACAUUGGAUUCAUUCAGUGAUGAUGGCCAUUAAAUGGUCAAAAACCCCUCCUCCUCCCCGAAACGCGAAUUUUUAGAGAAUGAGUGUAUGUAAAUGUAUGUGUUGUGUUAGUUUUUAGACUUGUUUCAUACGAAUUUUAAAAUUUUUAACGACUUUUUGCAUACCGAGUGUUCAUUCAUAAAAUUUUCACUGUUUUUAAACAAUUUGUAUUUGUUCAGUUUUAUUUUUUUAAUAAACUUUCCAAUUUUUAAAUGAUACAAAUUGUAUUUUAUUGCCGCAUCUACAUUUAAUGGAAUAAAAUGGUUUAGUUCUCGAAUGAUAUUGUAAAGCUGCAGCUGCGGAUCGAAACAAUCCGUGGUCUGUUUUGUAGUUUAUUAAAAAUGAAAAAAAAAAUUGCAAUCUGUAGCGGCCUGGACAACUUUACUAAUGAUAAGUAGGAUGUUUUAUUGUAUUUCUAAGUUUUGCUGUGACUGUCCAGGUUUAUUUUAAGUUAUUCGAUGUACGAUUAUAAUAAAAUACUGUAAGUAAAAUCUUUAAACAA